GAGCAGGGGUUGACCUGAUGUUUAUCAGACCUAAGCUGUUACACAGCUGUAACACAUAUUUUACUUAAUGUAAAUAAAUGUGUACAAUGAUCUAUUAACAGAGAUAAAUGAAAACAAACGUUUAGUUUUAGCUCGUCUUUAGACCGAUUGCCUUCGGCUUUGCAUAAGGAACCUGUGACCCAACGGAGGAGUGGCUGGGACGCUCUCCGUAGUUCAAAUGAGAGUCACACACAAUUCAUCCAUUCAUUCCACUCAUGGCCUCACACGCAGGAUAUUCGCUUAUUUUUAUAUUGGCUAGCCUUACACUAUUGCCAGUUUGACUAUUGCUAACCCUAACCCUUGAAGACAUUUUUUUUUUUCAAUUCGUUCAUUUUCCCAGAAUAUUUAAGAUCCCAGUAGUUCCGGAUCAGCCAUCCCAUUGCCAGUAUGGUGGCCUUCAUGAGAAGACGCACAGCGGUCGCGCUGCUGUCCAUCACAGGACUCCUGGUGCUUGCUCUAAGCAACCCCGCUGGGGAGUGGUGGACUGCCUUGCAGCAACCCUACCAAUCUGAGGAUUUGAUUAAAUGCUCUUGUGACAAGUGUAUCCCAGAGGGUGAUGACUGGUUCAUGGCCCAUUUGAACCAAACAAUCCACCCCUUUCUCACUCCACAAAGCAAUCUCUCAGCCAAAGAUUUCCUUUGGUGGAAGAAAUUACAGGGUGACCGAAACGACUUGGCCGCCUUCAAAAGAGUCGUGGACAAAGUGUUUAAACUCUUCCCUGAUGGCAAAGGCUUCAUGGACUCGAGGUCCCAGCGCUGUAGGAGCUGUUCCGUGGUAGGGAACUCUGGGAACCUGCUGGCCUCGCACAAUGGUGCCCUCAUUGAUUUCAGCGACUUUGUGUUCAGAAUGAACGGCGCGCCUACCAAAGGCUACGAAAAGCACGUGGGGAAGAAGACCACCUUCCACAUUAUGUACCCGGAGAGUGCCGUGGAUCUGACAGACAACAGGACCCACCUCAUGCUGGUCCCCUUCAAAACGCUGGAUCUCCAAUGGUUGAUUAGCGCCUUCACCAACGGCUCCAUUAAGUUCACAUACCAACCCGUGAAGGCAAAGAUCAAUGCUAAUAAAGAUUUGGUCAGGAUUCUCAAUCCUCAAUUCAUCAAGUAUGUCUAUGAAGUGUGGCUGAGAAACAGCGGAGGAUACCCAUCCACUGGCUUUCUGGGUCUGAUGCUUGCAAUACACAUUUGUGAUGAGGUGAAUGUAUUUGGAUUUGGAGCAGACCAAAAUGGAAACUGGAGACACUACUGGGAAGAGCUAAAAGACAAAAGACUUCGAACUGGGUUGCACAGUGGAACAGAAGAGUACAGACUCAUUCAGAAGUUGGCGGCUAAGGGAAAAAUUAUUUUUUUUCCUGGACAUUAAUCAUAAGAAAAAACACCCAAACACGAGCACAAUAUUUGAGGUAUGAGCACCAAAUUUACAUAGAACCACAAUUCAAAUAUUUUUUGCAUGCGUUGCCCAUGUCAUCUUAACCUAUGGAAAUGAACCAAAACUGAAUAUUAUGACAAUCCACCACAUUCAUGAAGGUAGCUUUCUACUUUGUAAACACUUUUUAUAUACGUCCUGAUGUUUUCAACCAGCCCUCCAAGUUUAAUGGAAAAUUAAGUUCUGUACCUAUAUGAAGUUAUGAAGACUUAUUGAAGCUCUGCAUAUUAGUUGUAGUAGCUGCUUUAGAUACUGUGCGGAGCUAGAGAACUGUUCUCGUUCGAUCCCUAUUCAACUUAUUUAUAAAGUUUGCAGUUGUUUUUUUCCUAUAUAUAUUUAGUCGUUUUUAAUAUUUUUAUUUAUGGAUAAACGUUCUAUAAGUGUUUAAGAAGGGACAAUCUUAUUACGUGUGUUUUAUCAUAGUUCAUCCAUUACUUUAUAGAUUGUUCUGAGCUCAUUACAAUGACACCGUCAGACAUUCAAGAAAACAGGAAGUUGGCGGGGUCAGGGGUCAGGGGAGGUCCCAAGUAGGUCACCCAACAAUCAUCACAGGCCCUUGGAAACCGUUCAUAUGUGCCUUAUGGGAGUAAUCUACCAUAGGAUUAAACAAGGUAUAGGCAUUAUCUCGUCUAUAUGAAUGAAAUAAGUUAGGAAAUAGCAGAAUCUACAAAGGACUUAAGUCUGAAUGACAGAGUUUGCAUCCUCAGUUAUAACCAUAUGCCGCCCUUGAGAUGAACCCAGCAUAGUCCGUCCCAAGUCUACCUUUAAUCCCUAACGUUUACACCACUCUACACAUGGCUCAUCCCAUCCGGACAGGAAGAGAGGGAGAGGGCUUCAUGAAGGCAAAAAAGGAGCACCUUCAUUCUUCUCAUUUAGUUUAGCUGGCCCCAAGUUGACCACUAAAACUUUAUCUCUCUACUGUAUAUCCAGCUGACCAUACAUGUACUGACUUAUAUGUUAAGGUUGACUAGUCAAUGUCACAGUCCAAGUUUAACAUUUUCUGCUUUAUGAAUGUAUUCCACAAUUAAAUACUGUGGUAUUGUUGUAUAUUAGUUGAACUUCUGCUAUAUUGUCUGAGUAGAAAUUUGUUUCAUUUUGCCCACAUCCCAGGCUUGUCUCAUACAAUGUUCAUAUGAUAUUGUCAACACGAGUGAUCAGUGCACCCUAAGUUAGCAAGCCCCGAGGACUGCAGGACCAUAAAACAUUAGUCUCAGCAUUAAAAUGCAUUUUGAUAACAUUUCUAGUGAGAAAUUGUGCCUUUAUUUUCACAAUCUUUGUUCAUGAUUGUAUAUGAGUUAGUUAGUGGAACUGCUCUUGGCACCUUUCAUGCUAAUUUGGGGUUAUAAGGGAGUUCAAUCGGGAUAGGCAUCUGUUUAAGAAAUUAUAUAUAUUUUUUUCAAUAUUUCAAACGUGUGAGCUACAUUUUUGUUUCCUGAUCCCCCCGACCCCCCAGUCACUGUAUGUAUCCAUAUGUGCUUGUUUUUACACUAUGUCCAUCAUUUCAUUUUCUGUAACAUGCAAUCUUAUAUCCUGCAUUUAAUAUGAACACGAACAUGUAAUAUAAACACAAUAUUCUGAAAACUGAAACUAUUGAUCCUGGAUUCCUUUGAUAGGAGUGGCGCGCUGUGAUGAGGUACAUUCAUGUACACAAUGUAAGCACCGUUCACAUUGCUCAUGAGUUUAUGAAUUCUGUAUAAAGGUAAUUCCCAAAUACAUUGAUGGGUUUCAAGGUUCAGCUGAAAAACAGCAGUGGCAGGGCCACUAUAGGCAGCCGCCAGGGGAGAAUGUAUUAUACGGUAUAGAAGUAGUAAGUUUGGCCAAACAGUCUUCUCAGUACGGGCCUCAAAUUACUGGAAUUGCUUUCCUACUGAACUUAGAGAAAGCGUCAGCUUUCUAUAAUUUAAAACAAAACUUAAGAGAUGGAUUAAAAACCACAACAUCUGUUCCUUAUUAAUGUAAUGUGAUGGUGUGUUGACCUGCCAAGGGACUACAGAUGAAAAUAAGCUUUUUUGCUAACUCUGGCACAUUUACAUUUUGAGUAUAAACUAAAAAUGUCAAUUUAUUUG